AUGUUUCUAAGCGGGGAGCUAUGGGCAGUUUUAUUUCUGCUCCAUAUCAAGCCCGUUUGCAAAGCUUGGUUUGCUUUAUCCCACGACCAACACCUCCCUGGCAACUAUGAUGCUCGUGCAGACAAGAGGAACCUAGGCUUCAUCCUUCACUGUGAUUGUCUAAAGCAGAACAAGUUGUAUUUCCUCGACUGUGUCGAUGGACCUGAUCAGCAUAGCAAUAAGGUGAGAGGAAUCGACACAAAGCUGAACUCUUUUAGUCCUGAAUACCAGGUGGUUGGUUCAUGUAAUGGCCUGAUAUGCGUACCUAAUGCACUUUAUUUCAACCCCAUGAUUGUAUGCAACCCGUUGAUCGGAAAUUUCGUAGAAUUGCCCAAGCCAAACGAGUCUCUUGGACGAGAGGUAGCUCCUGGAUUUGGUUACCAUCCCACAACAAAGGAAUGCAAAGUGGUACGGUUAUUAUACUUUGUCAACAUCGAUCAUGGAUCCUGGUUGAUCAAAUCAAAUUUCCAGGUUUUUACCCUUGGCACAAAGACAUGGAGAAGCUUGGGAAGUCUUCCUUUGUCACUGGAUCAAAAUCCAUCCGAAGCCUUGCUAAAUGGGGCUCUCCAUUGGGUAACAACGCGGCACAAGGCAGCAUGUGCUCCUGGUCCUGGUCUGAAAAUAAUCUCAUUUGACAUCCGCCUUUUUGGUGCUAUGUGCCGUUCUGAUGGAAGUGUUGAGAUAUGGGUCAUGGGAGAAUAUAAUGUGAAGGAGUCAUGGGUCAAAGAUUAUGUGAUCGGAGCAUAUCUGCCAAUCACUCUGAAUCAAACUGUCCGUCCACCGUAUUCGAGGCCACGGAAGAGAUGUUCGUCGCUCGGCGGUAGCUUAAUGUUAUUCCUUGCUGUUUCUAUUUUUGAUGAGCUUUUGCGUUUUGCUGGUUUUGGGAAUCAGUCAGGAGAUGUUUUACUAUUUUUGGAGCUAGAUGAUAAUGAUCAGCAUUCCUAUGCAUGA